AUGACCGUGGGUAACUCAAAUCAGCAUAAUGAGAUUGAUGAUGCUGUCACCGCACAUACACAAGAGCAGUCAAACAGCAGUUCCAAGUUAGACAACUCAGUCACCCCUAAUCAAAAUUAUGGAGCCAUUACUGGUGACAAUGAUGGGUCGCACGUGGAUAUCAAUAUCGAAGCAUGUGAAUCUCCAGAAGAUUUAGAUCUGAGCAAGCCACAGACAUUUCCUCCCACGCCACAGGAGUUGCAUGAAAAUAUCAAUGAAAAUAGCUUGUUGUUGUCCCUGGGCCGAUUCCAUCCAGAUGGCGACGACGAUGAUGACGAUCGAAUGAGCAAGAUAAUCAAAUUGGCCAAGCGACCUAGUUUCAUUUGGAUCUUUGGUCUAGGAAUUCUAGCUAUUAUAAUUUUCCAGUUGACGUUCUUGCCAAGGACCUCGUUGUCGAGGGACUAUAGACGCUGGCAUGGGAUACAUUUGACAAAAACUGACGUCAAGCGAAAUUUUUUACAGUUUACCGGUAUUGGUAACAGUCAUCGUGAUCUAACCACCGAAGAAUAUAUUGACAAUUGGUUGUACGACUUUACCACUAUAAACAACAAAGCCAAGUACAAUAUAUUGGCAAAUGAUAACCCCGAAUUAAGCCGCUAUGUUGAGUCAAACUUUAAAGACUUUGGGUUCAAAACUGAAAAACAUAGCUAUGAGAUUGAUUUGCAAGAACCUUGUGCGUCAAUCAUUAAAUUGCUUGAUCCUGAAAGUGAAGUUGUGUAUCAAUGCGAAGUUUCGGAGCCAAAAUUUAAGACACCAGGGUUUUUUGCCUAUGGAGUGAACAGAAAUGUAACAGCCGGAUUUAUUUAUGUCAACUACGGUACUCCAGAGGAUUAUGAUUUGUUGUUAGCCACUAAUAACCCUCUAAAGGGGAACAUUUUUAUCAUCAAAAAUCACCUUGAAGAGCAGAAUAUUACAAUUGGCGAGAAAAUUGCAUUAGCAGAACACCAUGGAGCCAUGGGUGUCUUGACUUUUUUUGAUUCUGAUCCCUUUGGAAAUGAAGAGAGUAAAUCUUCCUUUAUGAAUGUGGCCAUUUCAAGGGGCUGCAAUAGUGAAGGGGCAAAGAUUCCGGCCAUCCCUAUUAGCAAGAAAUUAUUGCUUCCCGUUCUUGAUACACAGCAAAACCUGGCUUACAAAUCCGUGUUCAAUAAAUGGGAAUACUUGCCUUAUUCUAACUCUAAAUUCAAAUUGGAGAUUGACAGUGUUUUUGAAAACUCAAAGCGAGCAAAGUUGACAAACAUUGUUGGUACCUUAAAGGGGAUCAUGAAUGACGCCGAUGUUAUAAUUGGUGCUAGGCGUGAUUCGUUAACCUCCAAUAAUCCUCUAUCAGGACAUGCAGUCCUAUUUGAAGUUAUGAGAAAUUACCAACGAUUGAUAGAGAAAGGGUGGAAACCAUUAAGAAAUAUCAAAUUUGUAUCUUGGGAUGGUUCAUACAUGGAUUCAUUGGGCGUCAAAUUAUUCACUAAUGAUACGGUAGUGUUUAAUCCGAAACGAUCAGUGGUCUCAUACAUCAAUCUUGAUACAGAUACAGUGACUGGAAGCAAGUUUGAUGUGGACUCUAAUCCGUUACUCAAUCAUUUAUUAAAGAAAACCUCGAAAUAUAUCCCAAUUCCUAAACGCGCAGCUUUUGUAAAGACCUUGGGCAGGGACGCAGAGUGGAGUUCAAUCGAGGAAAAAAUCGACUAUGACAUUGUUAACAUUUUUGAUGAUGACAAUGAUGACGAUGACGAUGACGAUGACGAUGACGAUGACGAUGACGAUGAUGAAGAGUACACAACUUUGCACAAAUACUGGAUGAAGCAAGAUAAUGCAACAGUCAAUAACAAUUUGGGGUUGCCGUUGAUAAACUCCGAGGCUAGAAUCUUUCAACAACACUUGUCCACUCCCGUUGUAAACUUAAAGUUUAGUAAUGACGAGAAAAGAGACAGUGCAAAGUAUAUUCCAAACUCCAACUAUUAUUCACGUGAUUGGUUGAUAAAACAAGAUAUUGAUAACGAUUUGUUGCUACAUGGAUCACUAAUUAGGUUUGUGGGAUUAUUAGCUAUAAAUUUAAGUGAGCAGGAGGUUGUUGAUUACAAAACGUACAAGUAUCUCAAAUUGAUCCAGUCUUUUUAUCGUCAAUUAUUGGAAAUAGAAAAGGAGAAAUUGUUUCAAUGGAAAAACAAUGCAGUCUCAAACUACCUCAUCUACAAGAAUUCCAUUUUCCAAGAUCUCGACACUGAUGAAGAAGUCCAUUUCCACCAGAUUGUGACCCAAUUCACAUCGCUCAUGAAUAAUAUAGUGACCCUGGCAAAGGAUUUUGAUGAAUAUAACGAACGUGUUGAACAAGGACUAAGUCAGGAUUACCCAUGGUACAUGUACUACAAAAAGUUGCAGCACUUUGCCCAGUUCAAAGUGACCAAUUACAAGCUCUCUCAUUUGGAAAAGGACUUGAAAUUGACGGAUCAAGAUUACACGUAUUUGGAGAAUAAGGACCCACGAAAGAAUGUCAAUGCCGAUGCCAACUUGGUCAAACAGACUCAAGAAGAAGGGCUUGCCUCAAAUGGACUUAAAGGUAUUUUGGAUGGCUGGAAAAACAACAAAUUCUACUACAAUUCGGUGAUUUAUAGUGUGCCUAAAUUUAGUGUUGAGCAUAACAAUACUUGGUAUGAUGAGCGCUUGACCAAGAGCACAUUCACUUAUUUGUAUGCGGCGAUUGAUGAUGAUGAUUACGAAUCCACUGCAAAGUGGUUUGUAUUGAUUUACGAAAAGUUGACAAAUAUACAGUAUAAAAUGACUUAG